AUGAUUUAUUGUAAAAUUUAGUUGGUUCUUUUACUGUUUCUCAUAUCAGCACAUUGUUUUGAGUAUUGCAAAUAUUAUGAAACCUAUCAGACCUGCAUAGAUAGUAUUGAAGAUAAAUGUAUGUGGGAUAAUAAUAGGAAUCUUUGUUAAAAAACUAAUGAUUAUUUAUAAGGCUGCAGUUUAACUUUAAAUAAAAAAGCAUGUGUUAGACAAAUUGGAAAUGUUUUAGGUUAACUUGCAAAAUGUACUUCAUAUAUACUAACAAAGGUCGUUUCAUUAAAGUUUGCGAAGUUAUUUCUGAUUUCAAAACAGAGAAAUGUUUAAACAAUUUAUCAAAAUCAGGCUGUUUAUCUAUUUAGAACCCAGAAUAAAUUUGUUUUUGGAAAAAUGAUGAAUGUUAAGUAUUAUAUCAAAAUCAAUGGAGUUAAGUUUAAAAAGAUUUCGAUUCUGUAUUAUACAGUGCAUCAGCUUGUUAUUUGAUUGAAAACUACUUAGUUAUUCAUAAUACACUAUUAUGGGAUCUCAUUUCAUAUAUACCUGAUUUAAUUGCUGAAGCUGAAGAUAUUUUUAAAAAGGAGAUAGGUUUAAUAGUUGAAGAUAACGUCUAAUAUGAUAAUCCAAAUACAGUUUAAAUGUAAAAUAAUUACUAGUUUUUCAAUGGAACCUAUGCAUGGUAUACAAUUAGAGAGUCAUAAUAAAUUAAGCUAACCAAAUGUAACAUAAGUUUUAUAGUUUAUAGUAUAAAGGUCUUACAGAUAUAGAGAUGGAUGCAUAGCUUUAGAAAUAGAAAAUGACAAAGAUUUUUAUAAUAUUUUUAGAAUAACGGAUGAAGUAAGAGGGAUUAAUCAUAUUUAUUGCAAAUAUUUGAAUAGAAAUCCUGAAAUAAAAAAGUAAUAUAUAUAUUCUGAUGGAGUUUGCAAAUAAUAUAAUACUUCAGAUUUGAAUAACUAAUUUAAAAUUAAUGAAUUUGGUUUAACUUGCAAAUCUAUCGAUUAUCAAUAAUGCAUUUACUAUUUUUCAAAUACAUAUACUUGUAGAUUAAAAGGAAUUGAAUAUGAAUAUCCUUGUGUGAAUCAAGAAAAAGAGUAUGUAGCAGAUUGUGAAGCUAAUGAUUGUACAAUAAAAUAAUGUUAAUAACUCUCAAAUUAUUAUCUGGAUGCAACUACUAAUAGAUGCAGUAAAAAUUGCUUUAUAUCAUUUUUUAAUUAAGAAUAAAUAUGUAAAGCAAAGAAAGAGUGUAAAUUUUUGGGAACAACAACCAUUUUUUUGGUAAUGUCAUGUUCACCAGAAUAAGGAUGUGAUUAACCUGGACUUCAGAAUAUGUACUGUAAAUAAUUAUAUGAUUAAUGCGGAUGGGAUUAAUAAUUUUAAAGAUGUUAUAGAAUAAAAGAUGAAGAUUUUAAUUUGUUGAAAUGUAGCUAAGCAUUAAGUGCAAAAUCUUGUAUGAAAGUUAAAUUAAGUGAUUAGAUUUGUUACUGGGAUUAUUUUUUAAUGUUAUGUAAAAAUAUAUUGGAAUUUCCUAUUUUAAUAUCCCAAAAGGCAUUAGUAGAUAAGGAAUAUGUUGGAAUUAAUUAGUUUAUUCGUGUUAUCAGCAAUGAAAAUUUUUGCAAAUACUAAUAAAAUAUGUAAACAGAAUAUUUUCCAAGCUUAGGGAAAUGCUCAUUCGAUAAAAGGGAUUUCGUUAAUGAUUUAAACAAUAUUAAUAGUUAUUCUUGUGUUAUGGUCUAACCUGGAUAUCUUAAAUGGGAUUCUUAUAAAUAAAUAUGUUUAAGUUUUUCAGAAACACAAGUAACUUAAUUUAAUUGUUUGGAUUAAAUUCUUGUUAAUGAAAGAAUAUGUUAAAAAUCUAAAGUUUCUUAGCCUGAUUUCUUAUGCAUGUAUGAUUCAGAUACUAGUUCUUGUAAAGAAAUAGAAAUGUCUUAAUUUGAAGAUUAUGAAUGCAGUGGAUAUGGUUUCUCAAAAGAAUUAUGUGUUAAUAAAUCCAAAAUAGGAGUAUAUUGUUAAUUUAUAGCUGGAAAAUGUAAUUCCUUAUCUGAAUCCUUUAUCAAUAGUAUUUAAUGUGCUUCACUUUAAAAUGUAAACUAAUAAGUUUGUUAAAUAUAUUCAUCAUCAUCUCAAGUAUGUUUAUAUGAUGAAUCUAUUCAUUCUUGUUACACACCAAGUAUCUAUACAAAAUUAACAUAUUCUCUAAAUUUAAAUCGUUAUGGUUGUUAAUUAGUAUAAGAUUCAUUAACUUAUUUUGAUUUAGAUUUGAAUAAAUGUUAUACAUUNGCAUUUACUAUUUUUCAAAUACAUAUACUUGUAGAUUAAAAGGAAUUGAAUAUGAAUAUCCUUGUGUGAAUCAAGAAAAAGAGUAUGUAGCAGAUUGUGAAGCUAAUGAUUGUACAAUAAAAUAAUGUUAAUAACUCUCAAAUUAUUAUCUGGAUGCAACUACUAAUAGAUGCAGUAAAAAUUGCUUUAUAUCAUUUUUUAAUUAAGAAUAAAUAUGUAAAGCAAAGAAAGAGUGUAAAUUUUUGGGAACAACAACCAUUUUUUUGGUAAUGUCAUGUUCACCAGAAUAAGGAUGUGAUUAACCUGGACUUCAGAAUAUGUACUGUAAAUAAUUAUAUGAUUAAUGCGGAUGGGAUUAAUAAUUUUAAAGAUGUUAUAGAAUAAAAGAUGAAGAUUUUAAUUUGUUGAAAUGUAGCUAAGCAUUAAGUGCAAAAUCUUGUAUGAAAGUUAAAUUAAGUGAUUAGAUUUGUUACUGGGAUUAUUUUUUAAUGUUAUGUAAAAAUAUAUUGGAAUUUCCUAUUUUAAUAUCCCAAAAGGCAUUAGUAGAUAAGGAAUAUGUUGGAAUUAAUUAGUUUAUUCGUGUUAUCAGCAAUGAAAAUUUUUGCAAAUACUAAUAAAAUAUGUAAACAGAAUAUUUUCCAAGCUUAGGGAAAUGCUCAUUCGAUAAAAGGGAUUUCGUUAAUGAUUUAAACAAUAUUAAUAGUUAUUCUUGUGUUAUGGUCUAACCUGGAUAUCUUAAAUGGGAUUCUUAUAAAUAAAUAUGUUUAAGUUUUUCAGAAACACAAGUAACUUAAUUUAAUUGUUUGGAUUAAAUUCUUGUUAAUGAAAGAAUAUGUUAAAAAUCUAAAGUUUCUUAGCCUGAUUUCUUAUGCAUGUAUGAUUCAGAUACUAGUUCUUGUAAAGAAAUAGAAAUGUCUUAAUUUGAAGAUUAUGAAUGCAGUGGAUAUGGUUUCUCAAAAGAAUUAUGUGUUAAUAAAUCCAAAAUAGGAGUAUAUUGUUAAUUUAUAGCUGGAAAAUGUAAUUCCUUAUCUGAAUCCUUUAUCAAUAGUAUUUAAUGUGCUUCACUUUAAAAUGUAAACUAAUAAGUUUGUUAAAUAUAUUCAUCAUCAUCUCAAGUAUGUUUAUAUGAUGAAUCUAUUCAUUCUUGUUACACACCAAGUAUCUAUACAAAAUUAACAUAUUCUCUAAAUUUAAAUCGUUAUGGUUGUUAAUUAGUAUAAGAUUCAUUAACUUAUUUUGAUUUAGAUUUGAAUAAAUGUUAUACAUUUAGUCCUUUAGAUAUAAAUAUAUUAUCAACUUUGGAAUGUGAAUCAAAUUUUAUUAAUUAAUAAACUUGUUUGUCAAUCAUAAAAAAUGGUUAAAACUGUUAUUGGGAUAUUAAACUUAAUAAAUGUAAAAAAUAUUCUGGAUUUUUUAUAAAUUGUGCAGAAUAUGCAAAUUAUUCUUAACGUGUAUGCACUUCACUUGUAUCUGAUAUGACAAAAUAAUUUUUGUAGGAUAAUUAUUGUACUUAUAUAGAUAAGAGUUGUAAAAGUAAAUCAGAAAUAAUAGAGGAUUGUGGAGAAUCUGAAUAUAUGAAUAUACAUAGAUGUGGUGGAUUAACAGGAAUAAAUCAAUCAAGAGAAUAUAUUUAAAUGUGUGCAUUCUUAAACAAUAAAUGCACAACUUUAAUUGAGAAUUCUAUGGAUGCUAUUAUUGUAUUAAAUAACAUAUCUUGUUCAUAAGCUAAUUUAAAGACAUGUACAAAAGUAGAGACAAACGGAUAAUAUUGUAAAAUUGUAGAUUAUGUUUCAAUUGAUUCUACUAUUAUAGAUAUGAAAUGUUUAUAAAUAGUUGAAACUACUAAAUCAUGUUCUACUAUUAAUAGUAAUAUUACUAAUAAAAUUAUUAAUCCAAAUUAUUGUUCAAAAGCGAAUGAUUAAUGUGUUUAUAAUUCUGAGAAUGGUUGUAUUUCACCAGAAUCAACUAAUUUAGAAUGUCAUACUCCUGGAUUAUCUUAUAUGGGAUGUAUCUUAAACACUUAAAAUCAUAGAUGUGCUUUUUAUAAUGAUAAAUGUAGAUAUUUACCAUCAUAUUUAAAUGUUUCUGAUUGUAAAUAUUUAAAUCAAUUCUCUUGCUCUUAAUUUGCAUUUUUAAAAUGUUAUUGGAAUGGUUAACUUUGUGCUACUUCUACUAAUAAUAUUACCUAAUAUGGAGGAGAUUAUACUUGCUCUCUAGAUUCAAGUAAUACAUUCAUAAUCUCAACAGGUGUAUAAUGUUAAAUAGAAUUAUUAUAAUCUAAUUAUGAAUUAUAUUCAUGUGACAGUAAAUUAAAUCAAUAUGCUUGUGGAUCCAUACCAUAUCAAUAUUGUUAAUUUAUACAAAAUUAGUGUUAAUUCUAUAAAACAGUCCUUUGUGAAGAUUCUAUUAAUACUUGUGGUUAAAAUGACUCUUUAAAUUUAAAAUGUGUACUUAAAGAUGGCAAGUGCUUUCAUAAUCCAUAUACUGAUUAUGAUUGUGAUUUCUUUGAUAAGACUAAUUAUAAAUUUUGUCUUCAAUAUCCUAAUUGCAUUUAUGCUAAUCAGAAAUGUUAACAUAUUAAUUAAAUUAAUAAUUAUUGGUAAUGUUAUAAUCUUUCUAAUUUGGAAUGUGUAACUUAAAAUAAAUCGCUUGCUUGUUCUUGGAAUUAAGGUUAUUGUAAAGAUUUUAAUAGCUAAUCCUGUCCAUCUUUAAAUGGAUUUCAUUCAUUCAUGGCUUGCAAUUAAUUUAACAAUUGUAUACAUGGUUAUACCAAAAUUGGUUUAGGAUUUUGUUACUCAGAUAAUACUUUUGAAUCUUUAACAUGUAAUUAAUUAAAUAAAGAAUUAUGUCUAGAAGAUUUAACUCAUUUGAAUUCCUCUCUUUUUUGUUAUUGGGAUUAAUCAUGUAAAAAUAUAGAUGAUAAUAAUCAAAUACAUUAAUGCUCAUAAAUUAUAAAUUUUCAAUCUAGUUAUCCAGCAUGUGCUUAAUUAAAUUAAGAAUAAUGUAUGUAUUCAUUCAUUGAUAAAAAAUGUAAAUUAAUAUAAGAAUACAACUCUGUAAAUUGUGAAGGAAUUACUGCUAAUUAAUGUUCUUAAAUUGAGAAUAUUUGUUAUUUUGAUGGAUCCAAUUGUUUAUCAGAAGGAUUUUAAAACUAAUUAAAUAAAUAUGGUUGUAUUACUUAAUCGGGAACUUGGAAGUUUACUAAUUUUAAAUGCAAUGAAAUAAUUGAUGAACUUUAAAAGAGUUGCAACAAUUUAUCCAAAGAUGCUUGUUUGAGUGAUCUAACCUAAGAAUUAACUUGCUAAUGGUAAAAUAAUAAAUGUUAGAGUGUUCUUGAAAUAGAAAACAAAUAAAUAACUAAUUGUGAAAAUUUAAAUUAAAGAGCAUGCUAAAAUGUUCGUCUAUCUAACAUUUAUUGUUUUUGGAAUGAAACAUUAAAACAAUGUGAUGCCCUUAUAAUUACAAAUACUGAUUGUACUCUAGAUAAUUUAGUGAAUACUAGUUCAAUUAGUGUAUGCAGUGGACAAAUAAAUAAAAGCUGUGUUAAACAUUAAAAUAAUACACAAUGUAGUGAAAUAAAACUGAAAGUAAAUAAUUGCAAUCUAUAUGGAUUAAAUCAAUAAGCUUGUAUAUUGGAGACUAGUGUUUCAUGCUAAUGGAUUUAGAUAAAUGAUGGUGGAUAUUGUGAAAAUGUAAAUAUACAUACAGCACUUUGUUCGGAUAAACUUAACUAAUAAGGAUGUUUAAAUAUAUAAACACCUGGAUAAGCUUGUAAAUGGGAUCAAUAAGAUUAAUCUUGUAUUAAUAAAGAGGUAGAUACAUGUGAAUCUGCAUCAUAUUUAAAUUUAGUUUCUGCUUGUAAUGCUGUAACAACAGAACCUUGUUAUUUUGAUACUAUAACGAAAUAAUGUAAUAAAUUACAAAUUACUCCUAAAAUUUGUUCAAUAAAUUAUAAUUAAUUAGCUUGUAGAUUGUCUACAAGUAAUUGUAUAUGGUAGUCAAAUAGAUGUAUUCUUAUUCCUUUUUUAAAUUGCUCAUAAUAUUUGACUAAAUCUAAAUGUCUUAAAAGUAAUGGUAUAAAUUGUUAAUGGUAAAAUAAUGAAUGUAUUGAUUUUAAUGAAUUAGAUGAAUAAAUAUAUUGCAAAGAUCUUCCACUAAAUAUAAAUGCUUUUGCUUGCCAAGUCAAUGCAAUAGAUCCUUGUUUAUAUGAUGAAAAGGCUUAGUCAUGUUUACCAGAUUAAAGUUCAGAUUUGGCAGUUACUAGUUGGAAAACAAUUUCAUAAUUAAUUAGACUGCAAAAAGCAGAUUAUUAAUCUCCAAUAUUAAGUGGUAAGUGUGAAUAAUUGCUUAAAGAUGUCCUAUGUACAAAAUCACGUAUUCCACAAAUAUCAUGUAUUUGGAAGGAUUCAUCUUGCUAAGAGGUUAAAGAUUUUGAUAAUUUGAAAUGUACUGAUAAACUGAAUUAAUUGGGAUGUUUGAAUGUAAAAAAAGAAAAUGAAUUUUGUUUUUGGCAAGAGUAGAAAUGCUUAAAUUGGAAUCCAAAUAUUUCUAAAAUGUCAAAUGUGAAUAAAAAUACUUGUAUACAUCACAGUAUAAAUAGUGUUUAUGAAUAAAACUCAUGUAUAUAGAAAGAUAUUGAAUCUAUAUCAUGUUCAUCAGAUGGGAUAAGUAAAAUAACAUGUUUAUCAAUUUAAAAUUAAUAAUGCCAUUGGUAAAGUUAAUGUGUUGAAUUUAUUAUAACAAAAUAAAGUAAAUGUUCUGAUUUUCAUGAUGUAACACCAUAUGUUUGUUAAAUGAUUACAGAUAUGGCCUGUUCUUAUAAUAAAGAAAAGUAAAGUUGCAUUGAAAUUAAGAAUGAUGUAGUAGGAUUAGGAGUUUCUAGAUAAGCUUGUAUGUUAAAUAAGAAAAUACCAACUUAUUGGAAUGGCACAACUUGUUUAGAAGUAAUUAAUCCUAUUGAAUGUGACUCUUAAUUAAUUGUUAAUGAAAAUGCAUGCCGUAGCAAAGUUAAUAAUGUAUCAUGUAUUUAUGAUACAAAAAAUAAUAAAUGUAAAAGUCAAUUUAAUAUUUGGUAAUUGAAAUGCAAUACAUAAGGAUUAAAUUUGUUGGGUUGUGUUCAAGUAAAACAGGAACCUUGUAUUUUUAAAGAUAAUUAAUGUUAAUUAUUUACUGAAUUGUCUAAAAAUUGUAUGUUUAUAACACAAGUAAAUUCUAAAGCUUGUGCAUCUAUUAGAGAUUAAUACUGUUCAUAUGAUUCAAUAAAUCUUAGAUGUCAAACUUCAUCAAUUUCUUAAGAUUAAUGUAAUUUUGAGGGAAUUAGUAAGAAUGUUUGUGAAACCAAAGAUCUUUGUAAAUGGAAUCAAGAUAAUUUAGAUUGUAAGUGUAAAACAAUUUAAGAAAUAGAGGUUUGUUAAUAAUAAUCUAGUAUUGUUAAUUGUAGAGCUUAGAAUAAGUGUUAUUUUGAUUUAGAUUAAUAUCUUUGUAUUAAGAAAUAAUGUUAUCAUCUAAAAGAUGAUGAAUGCAAUCAAAUUUUAGAUAAUAAAAUAUGUUAUAGAGAUCUUCACAAUGGUUGUUAACCAGCUACAGUUUGUGAAGAUAUAAUUGAUCCUAAAGAUUCCUGCUCUACAAUCUUUAUUAAUUCAUAGUCUUGUGUUUAAGCUGGUAAUUUUUGUAUAACAGCAACAAAUUAUAAAUUAUAUUGUCCAUAUUCUGAUUGUUCAAAUUCUAAUUGCAUUUUAUAUUAUGGAACUUGUAAAAUUAAAACAUGUGAAGAUCUUAGUAUUGAAGAAUGUUAACAAAAAAGUGAAUGUUAUUUAGAUUAAGAAAACUACUGUUAACAAUUACUAAGAUGUAGUUAAAUAACUUAAAAUCUUUAUGGGGAAUAAGUUAUUAAUAUUUGUAAUAAAUCUUCUGUAGAUGGAUUUAAAUGCAAUUGGUAGAAGAAUGAAUUAUUAGAUAGUACUUAAAUUUGUACAAAUAAAGUUUGUGGGUAUUAAUAAUUUAUUUUAUUUUUAGGAUAUAUGGUCCAUCAUAGACACUUUGUUAAGGAAAUGAGAUAAAUGGAUAUUCUUGUGUUUUAUUUAAUAAUUUAGUUUGUAAAUAAUGUGAGUAAAUUACAGAGUAGUGUUUUUGCAAUGAAUAAACAAAUAUCUGUAGUUAUUAGAAUGGAAAAUGCAAAUCUAUUUUAUGUUCUUAAUUUUUGACAAAAGAUCAAUGUAUUUUAGCUUCAGAUCGUUGUUAUUGGAGUAUAUAAUUAGAUUAAAAUAAUAUAAAAAAAGAAUUAUGUGUUAAGGAAUGUAAUAAAAUCUUAGAUGCAGAUGAAUGCAAUGGUAGAAUAAAUGAAUGUUAUUUUGAAAAUGCAAAUGGAUUAUGUAUAAAAGGUAUUAAAGAGAUUCCAGAUUUGAGUUUUAAAAUAAUAAUAGAAGAAUUCUAUGGAAAAAUUAUUUCAACAAUAAUUUGGGUGAAUAUGAUUAUUUAUAUUUGA